AUGAAGCUCUUCGCCUGGACCCUCUGCUUCGCUCUGGUCGGGCUCGUCGCUGCCUGGUCCAAGGAGGACUACGAGAUCUUCCGUCUCCACGAUGAGCUCACCACGGCCGAAGGAGCCAACGUGACCUUCUACGAUUUUCUCGAGAUUCGUUCCAAUGCCAACCAGGAACAAAUCACCAAGGCCUACCGCAAGAAAUCGCGCCUCAUCCACCCGGACAAGGCCAAGCGCAACUUCAUCGCCAACUACUCCAAGGACAAGAGCAAGGCCAAAUCCAAGGAUGGCGUGAACGUUUCCACCGGUCCCUCCAAGCGCCAGAUCGAUGCCGUCAUGAAGGAUGCCGACAUCCGCUCCAAGCGCCUCAACCUCAUCGCCAACAUCCUGCGCGGCCCCGGCCGCGAGCGGUACGACCACUUCCUGAAGAAUGGCUUCCCGCGCUGGAAGGGGACUGGUUAUUACUACGAGCGCUUCCGUCCUGGGCUGGGGUCGGUGCUGACGGGUCUGUUUGUGAUGUUUGGUGGUGCGGCGCAUUACGCCGCCCUCGUGCUGGGGUGGAAGCGGCAGCGCGAGUUUGUGGAUCGGUACAUUCGUCAAGCGCGCCGCGCCGCUUGGGGGGAUGAGUUGGGCGUUCGGGGUAUCCCCGGGAUCGACUCGGUGGGUGCCACUGCUCCUGCCCCCGCGCCUGAUGCCGGUGAUGCCGGGGCUGUAGCCAUGAACCGCCGCCAGAAGCGCAUGAUGGACAAGGAAAACCGCAAGGACAACAAGAAGGGUGGAAAGUCGGGCGGUCGUGGCUCGGGCACUUCCACGCCUACGACUGAGUCGGCACCAGCCACCACCACGGGGGAACGCAAGCGCGUCGUCGCUGAGAACGGCAAAGUGCUGAUCGUGGAUUCCAUUGGCAACGUGUUUCUGGAGGAGGAGAACGAGGACGGUGAGAAACAGGAGUUUUUGCUGGACGUCGACGAGAUCCAGCGGCCCCGUAUUCGCGAUACGGUUUUGUUCAAGCUUCCUAUCUGGUGCUUUCGCAAGACUGUUGGCCGUGUGAUGGGCACUUCGGACGAAGUUGUCGAGGAAGAGGAAGUUGAGGAGGCCGAAGAGGGGGCCAAUGAGGAAGUCAGCACAUCUACUGGCACCAAGACCGGCGGGUCGGGUCGGAGAAGGGCGAAGAAGCGUGCCCAGCGGUCGUGA